AUGAAUACUAUGCCUAGUAACUUAUGGGAGAGGGUAAAGCUACUUAAGACCUAUGAGAAAGCCCUUGAAACCAUUGACAAGCACUUGAUACUUCAUUUUCUGUAUUACUCUUCUUUGAUAAACAAAGAUCUGAGAGGAAAAUGUGUUGGAACUUACGGAAGAGAUGAUGUUGGUUCCGUUUCUUGUGGAUGGCUUCAUGACGGUUCAGUUUAUCAUUGGUGCAAUGGCAAACAUAAGGAUCUACCUGUGGAGUUUACAUGGGACUGGGAUAGAGCACGAGCUAGAACAAAGGGCAUAGAAGAUGAAGAUUUCGUCGCUAAUGGGAGUGAGGAUUCUCAGGUAUACAUUUGUCACGUAGUAAAAGGGUUGAGACCUUGUCGUGUGUUGCGUGGACAUUUAGGAGCUGUGAACUGUGUGAGUUGGAACCCUGCUGAUAUUCAUAUGCUGGCUUCAGAGAGUGAUGAUAGAACCAUCCAGAUUUGGGGACUAACCAAGUCAAUUUCUCCUAUUGUCUGUGUUCUAAACAGUUUGUAA